AUGGUAUCUCAAAAGAUAGCGGAAGCUAUGCAGCAAAUUGCAAGCUCAGAGGAAAAACAACAAGGCUACACUACCCUUCUUUCAAACGCUCAAUUUACAUCUACACCAGCAGAGUUACCUGACGACUUAAUCGCCAUUUUCGAUGCCAUAUUUGCAGAUGCUUUAGGCAUAGUUGCUACUCGAUCCGUGAUCGUAUCGUUUGUCGAUGCGCUCAAAGCCAUAAACAAUAAUGAAGCCAAGAUUCAAGUUGGUCAACAUGCUUUAUCGACACUUGGUGAACAAGCAUCCUCAUUCGAAGAACAAAAUGCGCAAAUACGUGAGCUGAUGGCCACAGCGUACGAAGACGACGAAGAUAACCUUGCAGCUGCCAAAAUAUUAGCUGGUAUCGUUCUGGAAUCAUCGCAACGAAAAGUCACAAAUGAGGAGAAAGUUCGUUGUUGGAUUCGUAUUACUCGCAACUAUCUCGAAGUGGACGAUACAACGCUUGCAGAGCAAUACCUGAACAAAGCUAAGAACGUCAUAUAUACAGUCGAGGACCGUGAUCUGAACCUGCACUUUCAACUCAGUCAAGCACGUAUCCACGAUGCUAGGAGGAAUUUCUUAGCCGCUGCUCAAGGCUACCAGGAUAUUAGUUUCUUGCCUGUCAUCGCCGAGGAAGAACGUUUACACACUCUCAGUAUGGCCAUUAAGUGUGCUGUCCUGGCGCCUGCUGGCCCCCUUCGAAGCCGUGCUUUAGGCAGAUUGUAUAAAGAUGAGCGAGCUGCUAGUUUAGACGAGUUUAGUAUCUUGGAGAAGAUGUUCCUGGAUCGCUUACUGUCUCCCGAAGAAGUAUCUAAGUUUGCAGAAGGCUUGGCUACACAUCAACUUGCAAAAACCUCAGAUGGUACCACUGUCUUGCAAAGGGCAGUUGUAGAGCACAACUUAAGAGCUGCGUCGAGAUUAUACAACAAUAUUCGCUUCGAGGCUCUUGGAGAGAUAUUGGAUCUUGACGGAGACAAGGCCGAGGAAACUACCGCAAGCAUGAUUGAACAAGGUCGAUUAGUCGGUAGGAUUGAUCAAGUAGAGAGGGUUAUUUGGUUUGAGGGCGGAGAGGCUACUGGAGAGAAAGGUAGCGGUAGAUCGGAAGGGAUUGUUGGGAGGGAACUGAGAAGAUGGGAUGCUAAUGUUCAAAAUUUGGCCGAAGAAGUUGAGAAAGUGACUUCUGAGUUGCAGCUAGUUUAUCCGGACUUCGUCGCUGCAAAUCUGGUGGUAUAA